AUGCCAUCGUCACACGGCGGAAGGGAAACACAUUUUAGCGAUUUUCUCUAUACGAAAUAUCUAUCUAUCUAUCUAUCUAUCUAUCUAUCUAUCUAUCUAUCUGUAGGUACGGACCCAAUAUCGCCAUCAGAUCGUUUCCCUGGCGAGGGGCGGUUUGUCCAGCUAUCCUACCUGGACUGCAAGCUGUUACGGCUACGGCGCUGGGAUCACUACCGGCCCAUUUUCUGUAUUAGCCUGAUCUACCAAGGAACGCUCGGAGUAACUCCCGAUCGACAUGGGUUUAACUCACCUAACCUUGAUUGGUUAAAAGGAAUUUUUUUUCCGAACCUCGCCCAAUCAGAUGACACCCAAAGCGCCCCGCCUCCUCGAGUUAGAAAUGUAGAUCAGCGGCUUGCUCUGAUGGACGGCCAAGUGGGCGUGCCCGUCAAAGCGCUUCCGACUGGCGGGCGUGUGAUUUUCAUUUUCUCCUUCCCCGUCUCUCUCUUCAUUUAUCCCGCACUUUGGUUUGUCUUUAAACUGUCACCGUCCGCCGUAUCUAUCUUGACUGAUAUAACACCCUCUCCAUCGAUUUGUGCUCGCUUCAUUCAUUUCUCAAUCCACGCGUCCAUUUCCUCAUCCAUCCUUAUUCAUUUUUUUCUUUUCCAUUCUCUCUUCGUCUUUUUGGCUUCUAGUUUGAGGAAUAUUUAUUUAUUUUCCAUUCCUUCCUUUCUGUGUUCUUUUUUUCUUUCUUUCUUUCUUCGUUCCUUUCUCUCUUUCUUUCUUUCUUUCUUUCAUACUUUCUUUUAA